CAGGCUCCCCUCGGGCUGGGAGUCUCUGGAACCCGCCGACGCGCAGAGGCUGAAACAUCUACACAGGCUGUGUGCGCACCGCCGCGUUAGAACCAACAAGAGGAAAAAAAAGAAAAGGAAAAAAAGGGAAAACUUUUCCCCAGUGCCAAAAUCUAAUCGGAAAUCGUCGGAACCGAUCCCAAUCGAUUCGAUGGAUCCCGGGGAGCUAGAGUACCGCUUAUUUUAUUCCCGGCGUCCUGAAAUCUUCUCAUUAGGAAGAAGUCUGGAGAAGAGGCGGGGCUGUCUGUCAAGCAGAAGCAUCAUCUCAGUUCCGAUCAUUGUCUUUAUUUAUUUGCGCAUUCAGAGCAAUCCUUGUCCAGAAAGGCGACAUCUGUGAAUGUUAUGUUUUGAACAUCGUUUUGUCUAGUUCUUUUUUGUUUUUUGCUUUGAUAUUUCUCCUUUUGGUACUUUAUUUUAAAAAGUGUAUCUCUUUAUUUAGCAUUAUUAUUAUUUUCAUUUCCGUGCAUUAUGCCUAAGUGACGUGCUUCUCUUUAAGGAGUUCCAUUCGGGAAUAAAAACAGUGUCACAGGGACCAAUCAUGCUUCAUGCAGGCUGGUUGAUACCGAUUAUCGUUUCGGCCGCAGUUGACCUGGGGGUGCUGUCAGACGUGGUGUACCUCAAAAGGCAAGAGGGGGGCUCCGUGCAGAUCUCCUGUUUGUCCCAGGACAGGAGCACCUCCUCCAUCGGUUUCUACCUGCGGAAGAAGUGCCAGAACCCGGAGAAGGAAGUGCUCUUCCUGCGCUCCGGCGCCCGGGACCGGACGGUCAGCCCCUCGUUCAGGGACCGCCUGCAGCUGGAGGGGGAGCCCAGGGAGAACGAGCUGAACGUGACCAUUUCCCUGCUGCAGCACGGGGACACCGGCCUGUACCACUGCGAGUUCAUCUACGAAGGGAGCCCCCUGGACCGGCACGUCUCGGGGGAGAGGGACUUUUUCGUCUUCGUGGAAAGAGCAGAAGAAAUGCUCUCUGUGGAAGUAGUGCCGUUACAGACACGUGAAGGGGACUCUGCUGUGAUCCCCUGUCCUGCUGAAGGCACAGACAGCUUUAUGGAUGGCUUCUGCUUAAAAAGAAAGAGGACAGGGGCUGAGGUGGAGGUGCUGUACCACUCCAGAGAACAGAGGCAUAAUGGACAUAAUGGACUGCACCAGAGUCGCCUUCAGUUCGAAAGAGAGCUCAGUACCCAGACCUAUAAGCUCACUAUUAGUAACCUGCAGCGCAAUGAAAGUGCUUUGUACAGCUGUGAGCUGCUGCGUCCUGGCAAGCAAGAGAACAAGCGCAUUCUAGGGAGGAGAACUUACUUUAUCUCUGUGCAAGAGCCCGUCUGCAGCUGUUCCAGUUACCCGCCUCUGCUCUACGCCAUCUCCGGAGGCAUGGCGCUGCUCCUGCUCAUCGUCGCCGUGCUGUUCGGAGCACAUUAUGGCAAGCAGUGCUGCCGCUCAAAGCCGCGAGCCCCCGUCCCCAUCUACGAGGAGAUGAGCGGGGCGAAGUCUCCCCGCAGGAGGGCCCCCUGCAGCUUUCCGGACAGCAGCCUCCUGCAGGAAACCGACACCUCGGUCUACGUUAACCCCCACGCGCGGCCGCGGCCGCCGCCGCACGAGAACUACUACGUCAGCCCCAGCCACGUCCCCGCGGACAGCAAGGACUGACGGGGCGGGGCGAGUCUUUCCCAAGCCGCCUGCCGGUCCAGGCACGCACGGAACAGACGGCCGUUCAUCCGCUGCCUGCUCACGGAGCCGGAGAUGGAGAUGGAAUGGAAAUGCAGUCGAAAUCGUUGUAAUAUUUAAAGUAAUUGCUGAUCAGCAUUUUCCGACGUUAUCUUUGAUCUCUGCCUUACUGAAGUUACUUCCCAGUGCUAACAGCCAACAACAUGCCAAUGAAUGUAGCCAUGCUUAUUGAUGUGCAGCUAAUUAUUUUUUUGCCCAGAUGUAACAAGAAGCCAUUUGAAUCAGAAUCUGCAUGAUUAUAUAUUGAUAAAUGGCUCUGGUAGAACUUGAUAUUAUGUUUUAAUUUAAGAGACAAAGCUGUCGCUCCUGAAAACUGCAGAAAUGUGAAUGAGGAAUAAAUGCAUCCUUGAUGUGUCCAAUCCUGUUAUGCAGUUUAACCUAGAAGCUGCACUCAUGAUCACACUUUGAAGGAAACCAAUACAACACAUGAAUUGUGUAAAAAAAGUGGAACGGAUCUGAAGCAUUUGUUCUGCACUGCACAAAUACAGCAGCUUCAUGGCA